AUGUCAGGCCACUUUGCUCAGCAGCGCGGUGUGAAAAGUCGAGGUCCUUCAUCCCCAAGUCCUGCAAGUCCAUCAAUCACUCCCGCCAAAGCUCAAGUCAGCCCUGUAGAUCAAGCCAACGACAACCCAACCAGCGAAGCUCCUCCCCAGUCCGUCUUCCUUCCUGUCGGCAAUGAUCAACAAAAGCAGGCUCCCUCUUCACCUCCAGUACCUGAGCCAACCGCGCCGCCCUCCUCAGACUUCUUGCCUGUUGGUCCACAUUUCGCUCCUGCAUCAUCAGCAUUUCUACCUGUCGGUGCUGGCUCUCAAAAUCCUCAGUCAUCUCCAAAUCCUCCAAAUCCUGCGCAAAACCCCAGCAAUCCACAAAAUCCAGCAAACACCCCAGUGGUCAUCUUGGGUGGUUCACAGCCAACGCCUGGCGCUCAGGGUGGGGGAAACGAACAAUCAGGCUCUCAAGGAGAUGGGGGUGGACAGGCUGGAGCGCAAAAUGGAAAUACUGGUCAACCAGGCACUCAAAAUGGAGGCAGUAGUCAGUCGGGUUCUCAGAAUGAUGGGAACGGACAAUCAGGGGCUCAGCCUGGAGUCAACAGCCAGUCUUCCCCAGGGUCGCCUUCGCCAGGAGCUCAGCCUGCAGGGAAUACUCCAGGCGCCACAGAUGUCGUUGUUGACGCAAGUGGGCAUACCGUCGCUGUUGGCAGUCAGCCAUCAAACGGCCCUGCUCAGACACCUGCACCUGUCGUCAAUGGUGCAUUUCAAGCAGGAUCACAAAUCAACAGCCCCAUUACAGCCCCUAUCACUGGAACAGCAGUCGGUGAAACGUACGUGAUCGGCACUGAUGGUCAGAUCGUCAUUGAUGGCUCGACUUUCAAUACCGCAACCCCAACAACGGCAACUCUCAAGGAUGGGAAGACCAUUGUAGUCGGGCCGAGUGGAGCAGUCUCAAUACAAGAUAAAGCACCAGCAACAACGUACAUGUAUACUCUCUCACCGCUCGAUUACGUUCUUGGCGGCUUCUUGCCCAUAAUUGUAGCUGUCAUCUUUACCGCCCCAUGGCACAUCCUAGCGUCUGCGAUCAAGGAGAUCGAACCGUUCUACCAGCUACACAAACCUGAUGGCGCUUUGGCCGAGAAAUCGUUGGGAUUGACUUAUCGAGCGUCAAUCACAGCUGUGUCGACUAUCUCCGCCAUAAAGAACAAACACUAUUUUGUCUGGUGGUCUGGUCUACUCUCAUCCAUAGCACUCAUCCUGGCCCCGAUGUCUUCAGAAACCAUAUUCAUCGCCUUCCUGGGAACCGCAAGUUGCAACCCCAUGAAAUCAAGAGACAAUUGUGUUCCCCAAUUGAGCGUAUUCCCUCCAGCAGCUCGAGUCGUACAAGGUGUACUAGCAUUCAUGGCAAUUCUCACAUUGGGACUCAUCAUUGGCCUUGCAAGAGCGAGAAGCGGCAUCUACACAAACCCCCUCAGCAUCGCAGCUCUAACCUCACUAUUCCAAGAUCAACGCGCCAUCGAAGACUUCCGUCGCAUUCGUGCGUAUUAUCCGCCGACACCGAAAGAGCUCUGUGAGGCUCUACGAUCCAAAAGCUACCGUAUUGGGCCAUACUACGACUUGGAUGGCAAUGAGCGCUACGGCCUACACAGCACCGAUGACAGUGCCCCGAACGACCCCACGUCAUCAUUUUUACCUCACAGCAAACACCACACCUCUGUGUCGAUCCACAAAGUCGACGAUGACUUCCAACGUCCCACAAAACGGAGACGACAGCUCAUCCACAUCUGGACGCAUUCAGCCACCGUAGGAAUCUUUUCAGCAUUCGUCAUCGGUCUGCUCGCACUCAUGAUCUAUUACAACCGCUUCCCAAACCCCAGCAGCUUCGAGCAUUUCAUGGAGAGCGGUAGUUUCGGUGUCAAUUUUCUGUUCACUGCGGUUGCCGUUAUUCUCAAAAUGUACUGGACGCUCCUGGAUGACGGUUCGUCCCCCAGUUCUCAUCCCACUCUUUCACCCGUAACCCCCCUACCAUGUCCUCAACCUCACUGA